UUCAUAUUGACCCCAAAUCCGAUCUCGCUUGAUUGGUGGGUCGAAUUAAGGUGUCAAAAAUAAGGUAAUCUCAGAAAACUUGCGUUUCACAACUGGAAGUCCCAGUGGAAGAUUAGACAUGGAGCAGUAUAAAGGCAAAAGAGAGGGAAAGAGAGAUAUCGGCAGGGAUUUCUUUAGUGAAAGAUGGUUCUCACAUAUUUCUUUUCAUGUUUUCAAGGUUCUUUUCCACUUUAUCUAAAGGUUUCCCAAGUGAAGAAAAGAUAUGACUGAGGAUUCUUUCAUGUGUUUUCCCUUCAUCUUGAGAAUUCUUUAUCAUCUGUCAGUUCAGAUUUUUAUUUUCUAUUAUAAAGGAUUCUUUUUCUGUCAGUUCUUCAAAUUAUUCUUUUCUUGGCCUAGGCUAAAGAAUGUGGUCUUCACUUUUGUGAACGAGAAGCCUCUCUCCAGUCUCCAAUGUCUGAACCAGACACAUACAUAUGACCUCUCAAACGAGGUUGAUAAUAACAUAACAAAUCAUGUCCUCUCUUCCCCUCCUCCUUUGGCUCCUCCCCGUUGUCCCGAAGAAUAUGGAGUAGGAGGAAUAGGUAAGGCCAUGGCGGCUGGAGUCAUUUACUGUCGCCUUGGUAAAGACAAAGACUUGCUUGACGUUCUCAAAGUAGAUGACAAGUGCCUCGCCAAAGGACCGGAUCCCAAGGAAGGUUACGAGGAGUUGUCUGAAAGUCUAGUGCGCUAUGCGGGAGGGCAUGCUUGGAGUCUCAAAAGACUCCGUUCCUUCCUCAACGGCAAGUCCAAAGAUCAAUGGCAUGAGACAUUGGAGAAGUUGGUGAGAUUGGAUUAUCCCGGUGAAUACCUAAUUUCUAUAUCAGGCCAUAUAAAAAAUGACGAAGCUCCUAUAUCCAUAGCAAUAGGAUGACAAGCGGACUGUGCGGCACUGAAAAGGGACAAUUUCUUCGAUUUCCGCAAGUUGAUGGAAAGAUGAUCGGCUUUCAUGGAAGAUGCGGUUAACUUAUUGACUCGAUCGGAGCACAUUUCGAGCCAAUUUCUCAUGCAUCAUAUCCUUUUGGAGUCGCGGGUCCAUUUGGUGAUGAUAAGGGCACAACGAUUGGUGACGAGGGAAAUUGUCAUAGGCUUCUACUCCAGAAAAAUGUCCUUAUACAUGGAGGAUUUUACUCCUGGAUGCCUUGUGAUGCUCUAUUUCUUCUUUGUAAAACAAGGGUUUUCCUAACAAGCGCCACUUUUUAGACAAUCGAAUACAGAAUGCUUGUCACUUCCAAGGCCUUGUCUGUCUCGUGUUAUGUAGAAUCAAUAUAUUGGAAGUCAAAACGUUUCCUUGUCAAGUAUGAUUAACGAGUGUAAUAAGAAGCAUAUAAUGAAGUAGUUUGUCUCUUGACGUAGUUUGGGAUCUCCCUACAAUGAUUACUCUGGUAUUUCUGUAUCUGCAUGAAAUGAGAUUCUUCAGUUUUCAUUGA